AUUCGCCUAGGCCUCGAUCAAUUCAGCCGGGCCAUCGACGAAUUUUGUGGCUUGCCUUUUCAUACACGUCGCUCAUGCUGUGUUCAACUGUCUAUUCGAAACACUAAGUUUCCUACGAAGAGGCUGUUCACCAGAGUUGCGGUCUGAAUUGGGCCCGCUUAAGUAUUAUAGUAGACGCUCAUCAAGUCAACCUAUCUCCGACCAGAAGUUGCAUCCCCAAGUGAAUUAUGAAACUAUCACUCCUUCUAUAGAAUGUUCUAUACCCGCAGACCGCCAACUCUAUCUAUAAAUGAGUUAAAUCAUAUUCUCAGCGAGUCUCUUGACCUGGAAAGAUUUGAACACGUUAACGUUCCCGAGACUAUCCUUCACGACCCAUUCCUUUCGACCCCAGAAAAACCGAAAACCUCAACGUUUCACCGCUUGUUCUUUCGCUCAUCAUCACAUCUGUCUCUCGUUCCACGCUCGCCCACAAAACAGGUGGACGAGCCCGUCACACCGAGCCCUCGCAAGAUGACAUUUACUUGGCGUUUAUCCCGUUUAUCGCCCAAUAGGUAUCGCCGAGCUGAGGAACACGCGGUGGAAGACAUCACAAGUGUCCCAUCCAAUCGUUCUCGCUCGUCGUCUGUCUGCAGUGUCACUUCUGCCAUUUUGUCACCUUCAAGAGCACUGACUAGCAUGUCUUCGACCUCUAGUCUCGGUUCAGUGAUACCUACGUCUGAGCGUUUCUCCAAGCAUCUCGCGGAAGUUGUAUGUACGGGAACAGGAAAUGUGGCCCUCAGUACAAGGAGAUCCUCCUCACCGUCUCCAGCUGCCACAACACGUUCUCGGCUUUCUCCGAUGCAAAUGGCCUUGCCACCCACACCGCGUUCCCCGCGUUCACCGCUGCAGCUCCUGUUUGGUAAUAGAUUAUCAUCGAGUAAUACAUGCAGAGGGGCAAUGACGGGUGUGGAUACCAUGGAAAAGUGGUCGGGCACCUCAGCAACCGAAUGCAAUGUCGUCGAGUCUAUCGAUGAUAUCACACCUCGAGCAACUGAAUUUGCCAUUUCAUCGCAUAGAAGUAGUGACAGCACUGUCCAGGCUAAAACAAGACGACGACCCUCAGCAUUGACACUAGUUCUUCCUGCUCAAGAGAUUGCAUCCCUCUGUCUUCAACCAGCAAUCGGAGCAUCGCCUCAUGUACCCUCUGAUACUGAAGGUUCGGUCUCCGUGUGCUCCCUCUCAUCUCCUACUACAUCCGUAUCCACAUCAUGCCAGCUUUCAUCACACGUUCCUUCAGCCUCAUCUAGCGCACAUGCAUCGUCUACCUCAACGACUUCUUUUCCCUGGUCUCGUGCACGGGCUGGCUCCCGUUCCAUGCUGACACCGCCAUUGCCGGGACCUCCACCUAGUAGCCCCCUUCCUCCACUACCCAUUUUAACGGUACUAAAUUCGAAUAUUGUCACGCCCCCGAAUGCCUUAGUCCCUCUUCCAACAAUCAAUCCGACUCCCUCAAAAUGUGCUCGUACCCCUGUGCGUCCUGAUUCGCCUUCGGGCACAGUUGCGAUCCCUCCUUCUCCAGGAAGUCUGCGACUUCCUUCUCGUUUAAGCUGGGGUGCUACAGGACGCACCGUGGUCCCUCUUCCGUCGAGUUUACCCAGUCCGCCUUCUUCCCCUUCGAAAAUAGGGAGAAAGAGAGAACUUUCUUCGUGUCCCCCCACCAAUAAUAGCAUGUCCAAUACCGCUUCCCCUAUCCUAGGCAAGCGCGCGAGUAUUGGGAUAUUGGAGGCUGCCGGUGAUUUGGAAGCUCAAGUACGACGCAUGAAAAAGAAGAGCAUACUGUGCUGCUUGCACAAUACCGUUUCUAGCAGUUCCACGGGAGCGGAGAAGAUCUGCUCCCCUGCUGCGAAGUGGACCCACAUCGGAGGCUACACUUAUCCCGCCUGCAUGUGCAGACUGGACAUUGUCACUGCCUUUCUGCAUCGAUAUACCAGGGAGUGGCAUAUGUGUGCCAACACCUCCUUCGGAGGACGGCGCCCUUCAUGAAGCCGAUAAAGCUCUACAAGCAGCACAAGGGGAUGACUGGACCCUUUCCCUCGGUGUAGAUCGUCAGAAUUCCACAAUGGCUGGGGAAGGUGUGGCGAGCCAAA